UAAAGUCAUCUCCUCCUUUCUGGGCUGCUGUCUUUUAGGGCUCCCUUUAUUUUUAAUAUUCUCUGCAGACUGCUUUUAUUGUCUCCCAAGCAGAGCAGCUGGAAAAACACGGGAGAGGUGAGAUGGGAAAGGAGAUCUUAAGAAUUUGUAGUCCUUCCUGAUUUUUUUAAAAUCCCUAUUCCACGUUAACCCUUUGCAGCAGGAGCUGGAAAAAGCAAGCAAGCAAGCAAGCAAGCAAGCAAAUCGUUGCUUUAGGGAGCAGAGAGAAGUUGGCCCCAUCUGACGGAUUAUAGGACCAUUCAGAGGAGAGUCUCGCUUGCUGAUCCUAGCACAUGGGCAGGCUGACGUGGUGCUUCUUCAGAUCAUGAUUGUUAGAUAGCACCUCACAUCACAAUGACCAUGGCUCCCCGUAAAAGGAAUCGUCAUGCUUUGGGGUUUCUUUGCUGCUUUGGAGGAAGUGACCUGCCUGAAAUCAACCUCAAAGACAACAACCCCCUACAGUUCUUGGAGUUCUCUGUGCCAAUCCCACCAGCAGAGGAGCUCAAUGCAAGGUUCUCUGAGCUUGUGGAUGAAUUGGAUCUUACAGAUAAGAACAGAGAGGCAAUGUUUGCACUCCCUCCAGAGAAAAAAUGGCAGAUUUACUGCAGCAAGAAGAAGGAGCAGGAAGACCCUAAUAAACUUGCUACAAGUUGGCCAGACUAUUACAUUGACCGCAUCAACUCCAUGGCUGCAAUGCAGACCCUUUAUGCUUUUGAUGAAGAAGAAACAGAAAUGAGGAAUAAAAUAGUUGAAGACUUGAAGACAGCUUUGCGGACUCAACCCAUGAGGUUUGUGACGAGAUUUAUUGAGCUGGAUGGCCUGACCUGUUUGCUUAACUUCCUGAAGAGUAUGGACUAUGAGACUUCAGAGAGCCGCAUACACACAUCCGUUAUAGGAUGCAUUAAGUCUCUGAUGAACAACUCCCAGGGACGGGCACAUGUUCUGGCCCACCCAGAAAGCAUCAAUAUAAUUUCUCAGAGUUUACGGACUGAGAACAUAAAAACCAAGAUUGCAGUGCUGGAGAUCUUGGGGGCUGUUUGCUUAGUGCCAGGAGGCCACAAAAAAGUUCUCCAGGCCAUGCUUCACUACCAGGUCUAUGCGGCAGAAAGGACAAGAUUCCAGUCAUUACUCAAUGAGCUAGACCGCAGCCUUGGGCGAUACCGAGAUGAAGUGAAUCUCAAAACUGCCAUCAUGUCCUUUAUUAAUGCUGUUUUGAAUGCUGGUACUGGUGAGGACAAUUUGGAAUUUCGAUUGCACCUACGAUAUGAAUUUCUUAUGCUGGGUAUUCAACCUGUUAUUGACAAGCUCAGAGGACAUGAAAAUGCAACACUGGACAGACACUUGGAUUUCUUUGAGAUGGUCAGAAAUGAAGAUGACUUGGAACUUGCAAAGAGGUUUGAUGUGGUGCAUAUUGAUACAAAGAGUGCCUCACAGAUGUUUGAGAUGGUCAAGAAGAGGUUGAAGCACACAGACGCUUAUCCAUAUUUACUGUCUGUACUGCAGCACUGCUUGCAAAUGCCUUAUAAACGAAAUGGAGGAACUUUUCAGCAAUGGCAGCUGUUGGAUAGGAUACUGCAGCAAAUUGUUCUUCAGGAUGAGCGAGGAGAUGAUCCAGAUAUUGCUCCUUUGGAGAACUUCAAUGUCAAGAACAUCAUCAAGAUGUUGGUAAAUGAGAACGAAGUGAAGCAGUGGAGAGAUCAGGCAGAGAAAUUCCGAAAAGAACAUGCUGAGCUGUUGAGUAGGCUAGAGAAGAAGGAAAGGGAAUGUGAAAUAAAGACCCAAGAGAAAGAUGAAAUGAUGAAGACUUUGAAUAAAAUGAAAGACAAGCUGCAGAAAGAAUCGCUGGAGCUACGCCACGCUCGGGACCUUGUAGUCCAACUCAAUGAGUUUUCGCAGGCAGGCAACGUUUCCUUCCCACCCCCUCCUCAGCUACCUCCUGGUGACCCAUUUGCCUUGUCUUCUCUACCUUCAUCGGAUACCUUACCACCUCCUCCACCACCUCUGCCAUUCUCCAGCUGCCCCCCUCCACCAGCUCCACCGCCCCCUCCAGGAGGACCACCUCCCCCUCCGGGGGCACCACCAUUCUUCAACAUGGGCAUGCCUCCACCUUCCACCAGUGCCCCCACAACUUGCAGCAGCGGCAGCACCACCAGCCUAAAGAAGAAGUCUAUCCCGCAGCCGUCUCACCCACUGAAGUCUUUCAACUGGGCCAAACUGAGUGAGGAGAAGAUACAUGGCACAAUUUGGCAUGAAAUUGAUGAUUUGAGGGCUUUCAAGAUGUUGGAUUUGGAGGAUUUUGAAAAAAUGUUCUCAGCUUAUCAAAGACACCAGGACCUGCUAACUAACCCUCCUUCCUCCUGUAAGCAGAAGGAAAUGGGAUCAACUGAAGAUUUGUACCUGUCCAGUCGAAAGGUCAAAGAGCUUUCUGUGAUUGAUGGCCGGAGAGCUCAGAACUGCGUCAUCCUCCUUUCCAAGUUGAAGCUAUCCAAUGAAGAAAUACGGCAGGCCAUCUUGAAAAUGGAUGAAGAAGAAGAUCUGGCAAAAGAUAUGCUGGAGCAGCUACUAAAGUUUGUUCCAGAGAAGAGUGAUAUCGACCUUCUGGAAGAGCAUAAACAUGAAAUUGAUCGCAUGGCUCGUGCAGAUCGUUUUCUUUAUGAAAUGAGCAGGAUUGACCACUACCAGCAGCGACUGCAAGCAUUGUUCUUUAAGAAGAAGUUCCCAGAGAGGCUUGCAGAAGCCAAGCCAAAAGUGGAAGCUCUUCUCUUAGCUUCCAAAGAGCUUAUCCGGAGUAAGCGGCUGAAGCAGCUCCUGGAGGUUGUUUUAGCCUUCGGCAAUUACAUGAACAAGGGCCAAAGAGGAAAUGCUUAUGGCUUUAAGGUCUCCAGCCUGAACAAAAUAGCAGAUACCAAGUCUAGCAUAGAUAAGAACAUUACACUGUUACACUACUUAAUUAUGAUCUUCGAAAAGCACUACCUGGGGAUCCUAGACAUCCAGUCUGAAUUGCAGCAUCUUCCAGAAGCAGCAAAAGUCAACCUGGUGGAGCUGGAGAAGGAAGUUAACAACAUAAAGACUGGAUUGAAAGCUGUUGAAGCUGAGCUAGACUAUCAGAAGAGACGUGUGCGGGAAGUGGGUGAUAGAUUCGUCCCUGUCAUGAGUGAUUUUAUCACUGUAGCCAGUUUCAGUUUUUCAGAGCUGGAAGAUCUUCUGAAUGAUGCAAGGGAUAAGUAUGCCAAAGCACUGAAGCAUUUUGGAGAGACCGAGGGCAGGAUGCAACCCGAUGAAUUUUUUGGCAUCUUUGACACCUUCCUGCAGUCAUUCACAGAAGCCAAGCAAGAUCUAGAGAAUAUGAGAAAAAAGAAAGAGGAGGAAGAACGCAGGUCACGUAUGGAAGCCAUGCUAAAGGAGCAGAGAGAAAAAGAAAGACGACAGAAGAAAGCCAAGGGUGGCAGCAUCUCCGAGGAGGGGGGAGGAGAGUUCGACGAUCUUGUGUCAGCACUGAGAUCAGGCGAGGUCUUUGACAAGGACUUAUCAAAGCUCAAGCGUAACCGGAAGCGUUCAGGAAACCAAAAUUUGGAGACAAGCCGGGAACGGGCGGUGACAAAGCUCAAUUACUAAAAGAGGAGAAUGAACAAAUAAUAGAAAAUAACAAAGUGAAGACUGUGGCCACAACAGAGUCAGGCAAGGUGAUGAGGACUGGUUAGUGUCUUUGCCCAGGAAGAUUGGCCUUGCUCAUGGCUUAGUUUAAUAUUUGCAGGAUGAACAUGCCUCCCCAUCUUGCUCUCUUCCAUAUUCACAUAAUCUGGAAUGGUUGUAAAAGUGCCUCCCAAGAGCCCAGGGAUUUAUUGCCAAGAUGUUGCUUUUAGUUAAUAAGAUGGUAUCUUGACAUUGUCCCAGCGAGUUCAUCUAGGUCCUAGUGGUGGAGCAGAUACCAUUGGGUUUUCUGUACCUAUUAGCUCUGAAGUGAGGGAGAGAUGGUUUACUCUGUGCCAAAAUGUACACAUGCAACAAAAUAAUUCUUCUUGCUGGGAAAAUGCAAGACUGUCUCAGGCUGGUUCUGAAACCUCCUGCCUCUACUUUGUGGCUGGGCCUGGCCUUCUGGAGCCUACUGGGGAGUGGUUCUACAGUGUGCCAUUUCUGUUCUUCCACUGGAUUUACAAAAGGCCAUUGAUUGAUUGAAGCCUGAGAAUUUUAUUUUAUUUUUUUAACCCAAAAGACAGUUACUUAGCGGCCUACAACAUGCAAAGCAAGUGUUGCUGCGUCAGAGGAAGUUGAUGGAGCUGUUCAACUUGAGAGAUGGAUUAACUGUUUGCAAAACUCAUGUUGUAUUUUCUCCCUGAUGAAUCAUUGGCAUCUUCAGGGAUGUGCCAAGUCAUGAGAAAAUGGGAAAGAAUGAAACCGCACUGUAAGAAUACACAAAAUUGGUCCAAACUAGUACAUUUGCCAUUGCUGAGCAAUGUGGUAGGAAAGGGGUUGGAUUAUAAGAAUAAUUCCACAUGCAAAUCUGCAUCACCUUGGUAGCAUGAUAAAAUGGUGAAAGGUAGGGUUUUUUUCUUUUUAAUGACAAAUGGAGUUUGUCUGGUGGUUGGAAAUGAGAAUCUUUUCAUUCACUGGCAGCCGUAACUGUACUGGAAUGAACUGGAGCUUACCUUUAGACAGGCUGGCCUUCUCAGAAGCCCCACCAUUCCCAGCAAUUGCUGCACAAUAGUAUUAAAACUGUUGACAAUACACUUCAUCAUUAGGUAGCUGGGGUAUUAAGCACUUUUCCAUCUGGAAGGAAGUGACAGAGCUAUGAAGAAGAAUCAAACACAAGGUGGACCCCAAGGUGGAUUGGCCCAGUGGACUUUCCAAAGAUCUCUGAAAAUUACAGAUACUUAAUCCAGAAACAGUUUAUUGUUACUGUCAUUCACAGACAACACACAUACAUACACGGGUUACUGCUGUCUUCCCGUUGCAUAGCGCUUUGAUGGUUGUAUAUGGUGUACAGCUUCUUUUUGCUUUUCAGUGUGAAUAGUUGGCCAUCUUCCCUCAGGUGAAUAUAGGAAAAAAGACAGGCAAUAGGCUUGGGUAUGAAGCACAGAGAUAGAAAUGUAAUCCCAUUUUUGGAAAAGAGCUGCCUCUUCUGGAGAGGUCAAGACAUGGGAAUGUGAGGAAUCCAGACAAAGCUCAAAUGGCCAGUUGCUUUUGUUGGUCUCAGCAGUGCUUUAAUUUUAGGCUUAGUCUUGAGUCUGUAAAAAACAGGUGCCUAGGUCUCAGGCUCUGUCCGAUGAGUGUUCUUUGCAAACAGUGUUAGAAAAUUCCAGGGCAAGGAUGUUGGGCACAUUCGGAAGAUGAAAUGAAAUGCUCAGAACUCUGGAGAUAAACACAAAACCUAUCUUCUGUCUUUUGAGUGGUCUGGUUCUGAAUCAACCUGCUCACAACAUUCCAGAAAUCUGCACUUCUGUUUUAUGCUCCUGGUGAAGAACUGGUUCCCUUCCAAGAGCUGAACACGUCCUUUCUUUGUGUGUCUGCAUUGAAAUGACAAUCCUACUGCAAACAGCCCCAAGUGCUUUUUAAGUAGGAUUUUUUUUUCUGCAGGCUGUACAAGCUCAUAUUUUUGAGAGCACUUUUGCCCUCUGUAUUGUAAAACAAACAUUUUAAAAGAAAAUCUAGAUGCAUUGUCAAGCUCCUUGAUGCUCUCUGUAGUUACAGAUGUAAAAGCAUGCCACAUAUGUUGCACUGUGGGAACCAUAAGUAUUAGAAGCAAUACAUACCAUAGAGGGAGGCAAAUGGGUUUAAUUUGCUGUAAACCCAAAUCCCGUGAUUACUGUCAUUUUAGAACAUAAAUUUUGAGGGGUCUUUCUUCCAUGACAUGUCUUUCAUUUCUCCUGUGUGUGGCUCCCAUCCGCCUAGCCUCUGGAGAUACUACUUAGAAAGGAUAAAUGUCCCCUAAGAAGCUCAGGUUUGUCUGCACCCUCCCUGCACUGUGAAGAAAAAAAUAUAAUUGGAUUAUGUUGAUUUGACUGUGCCAUUAUCUUGUACUAAUGCUCUUACCACAAAACCAAUUCUUUCCAGGCAUGGAUCAAAGGAGGAGAACGCAGCUUCUUCUCCAGGCUUGAGCGGCAGGACAGCCUCCCUCACAAACAUCCCCACAGUGCCCUGAAGAGCCCAGUGCCACCGCACGCUUUGCAGGGCUUUCCUUGCCCGGAUGUUUAAUGGUGCCUGCAGGCCACCCACCAUUGAUCCUAGGAAUGUUAUCAGAUACCACAUGCUCCAUGAAAGCCUGAAGGGAGGCCCACAUACUAAUGUUAAAUGUGGAACAGAGUUGAGGAGAUUUUAUGUUCAAAUGUUAGAGUUGUACAUCAGGCGCUUUUUCCACAAGAGGGAAACAGGCAUAAAAGGAAGCAUGUAAUAGCUAUAGGCUGUUACAUCUUCCUCCAUCCCCUGCUGGGGAUUGUCAGACAGGCUUGGUACUACUAUCAGCCAUGUGGAAAACAAAGUCCUUGCGGUUGUGGGGUUAGGGGGGUGCAUAAGUUAAUUCCAGGAUCUGCUUGUCUCAAGGAGAACUUAUGUUCUGCAAGCAGAAGGACUCCACUAUAGAAGAACAUUUGCCCGAGGGAAGAACUUUCCCCAUCUCUAGCAUCUGGACUUAGCCUUUUUAAGUGGGUCACUUCCUGGGCAGAAGGUUUUUCUUUUUCAGUGACUACAUGAUGGCCUCCUUUCCUUUAUCCCUGCAUGUGUUCGUAGUGUGUGCCAAACAUGUGAAUCCCUGACUGGAACGAAGGCCAUGUCACAUGCUUGUCCCAAACACACAGAUUGCCUCUUUAGCUGUUCCUCAUAGAUGCUGUCUAUGAGCAAUGCUUGCAACUCCUCCACAUACUGCCAGCCCCAUUCAGCAGGGGUCCUAACUCCCUAUAUAGUAUUCUCAGGCUGCUAUAGGAAUGAGUGAGCAUCGGCACAGCUGAUCCAGUGAAAAUCCUAACCCUAUACUCUACAGAAUCCACAGAAAACUGUCAUCUUGACUUAGGCACAGAUCAGGAUCUGAAUGUGUACUUAAUGUAUUUUUUAAAAGCGGGGGAUUACUCUAAUCUCUGUUGUAUUCAUUUAUAAGGCAUUGCUUAAGAUGUUGUUUUUUCUGCACCAUGCUGCAACCUAUAUGUUCCUUAUAUAAAACUACAAAGGAAUUAGGAUAGGAUUCAUUCCUUUUGUAACAGAGUUUCACCAGAUUGGAAUCACUCAUCCAGUUGAAAAAAAAUCAAUUUCCAUGAACAACUGUGGGGGAAGAAAGUUUCACUUUUCCAUGACCUCUAAUGGACAGCUUGAUUGUCAGGUCUUGGCAAUAAUUGCAGCUGAGUUCCAUAGAACGGAAAGCACAAACUCACAUUAGAGCAAAAUACCCCAGUUCUAACUAUGUUUACUCAAAUAAGGCACACUGAUUUUAGUAGAAUUUGCUUUAAAAGUGAAUAUUGUUGAUAGUGCAGCUUAUCCCAUCCCAGUGAAGACCAUGGGUACUGUCAAACUGCCUCUAAUAUUUUAAGGUGCCCAUGAAUUUUUCUGCAGGAAAUGUCUUUUAAUACCUCUUUUCAUUAUGCUAUGGAAUUGCUCGUUAUGUGGGAACUGCAUACAUUAGUCACUGUGGGAGUGACUCUGGACUGAAGAAUCAGGUAGAAGUAUUGUAAAUAGAUGAAUGAAACAAAUGUAGCACAUCUGAAUCAGUUUAAAUCCAUUUUCCCCUGUGGACUAGGGUGUAAGUUCUUUAAGAAGAUUAUGUAGUAUCCUUAAUGCACACUUUUUAACCAAGUUUGCCUACAGCAUCAUUUUAACUAUUAGAUUAUCUCUCUAAUUCCAAGAAGCCAUUGACAUUCAUCUGUUUGCCCCCAGCUCUAGCAUCUGGACUAAGCCUUUUUUAAAUGGGUCACUUCCGGGGCAGAAGGAUUUUUCCCCAUGAUGGCCUCCUUUCCUUUAUUCCUGCAUGUGUUUGCAGUGUCUGCCAAACAUAUGACCCCCCUGACUGGAAGGAAAGCCAUAUCACAUGCAUGUUUUCCAAACAUAGAUUGUCUCUUUAAAUAUUCUGCAUAGAUGUUAUCUAGGAGCACCUUCUUGCAACUCUGUGCACAAAUGGCAGUUAAUCUCUGAUGUAAUCUGUUAAUAUCCUCUACUCUUGUCACUUUCUGAGUCACAGCGGUGGAAGCAUCAACACUCUCGAUUGGGUGUGUUAAGCACUCUUUGAACUACAUCCAUGCACCACAUGUGAAGCUGCUGCUUUGCAUCAAAUUUCCACCUCCCACCCCUAGCUAGAAGGCAAAGAAAGAAUUGGUCCAUCACUUCUGCUUCAAUGCGGAUAACACUUGCAACAUUUUGUGUUUCGUUCUCUCUGUCUCUCUCUCUCUCAAGAAAGGGAGUCGAAAGCUUUCCCUCUGCAGAAUUCAGCACAAGACAGAGAGCAAGCAAUUCCUACCUAUAUCAGGCAGUCCACAACAUGCAAAGCUCCAACAGCCCUGCUUAUAAUCUAAGGAGCAGAGAUUACAGUCGGCAAAUGCCACUUGUGGUUCUUUUCAGCCAAUGAAAAGCCAACAAGAACUCAUUGCCUGUGGUACAUGAUAGCAACACUUUCCCUUACCUGAGGGCAGCUUUUGGUUCUCAUCUAACUGGAAUAACUGAAGGAAGAGCAAAGACUCAGGUGCUUGAAAAUGAGGGGGGUAUUCUCCUUGAUUUAGCUGGUUGCCACUGCAAAAGAGCCUUUUGUCCAAAAGGAGAAUUGUGCUUGAAGUGGGCGAUCUUAAUACAACCAAGCUUGGCCAGAUCUACUCUGAGGCCUUGUGUCCUCCUUCCCCCAUUUCUCCCUUUGUAGCGUGUAAAUGCACGUGUGUGUGCAUGCAUGCUGCCUCCUCCUCCAUGCUCCUCCUCCCCCUCCUCCUGGCAAUCUCUCCUAACAUUAAGACCCAUCACAAACAAUCAAGUCUUCUUUGCAUUCAUAAUGGUUCUUGGCACUUUCUAGAAGGUCUUUGUGACCACCAAGCAACUGAACCAACCCAGGAGUAGUUUAAUGGCUGCAGCAAGAUGUCCUAUCUUUCUGAAUCUAGUUCCCCAACUUUUCCUUACACUCAAGCAACUCUGUUAUUGUUCAUGCAGUCAUGUUACAAACCAAAUACACAUAUAUUUAAAAGUAUUAUUUGAGUAGCUUCGCAAAGCAUGCAGUAUAGGAAAUAAUUACUAGGGGUUACAGAGUGCAGGCUACCUGUGUUACCAGUGCAGGCUAAUGGAACUCCUUUCUUAAAUCGGAUUUGCCUCUUAUCCAGCCAGUUGAGUGUUUCUGGAGAGAAAGACACCCAUCCGAAAAAAGGCAUUCCAGGUUUUGCAGGAGAUAACAAGGGCAACGUUCGAGUCACCCCCCCAGCAUCUAACACAAGUGCUCAAUGAUUUAUUUCUCAUUAGAGAGGCUAUAUUUGCAUGUCUUCCAGAAGCAUGUUGGUCAUGUGUUCAGUAUCUCGAGGUAGCAAGCAAAAGCGACAGAUGAGCUCAUCCUAGGGAAGAGGGGUGCGUGGCUCUUCACACCAGUCUGAUUUUGGGUGGACCUUUUUUUUCUUCCCAACUUGUAACCCAGUGGCAAUUGAAAGAGGUUUAUGUCUUAUGAGUUUCCAUGAAGGGAAAAGCAGUUGUACAGUUCUCUUAUGUACAUGAUGUAUGCAGUUCUAUUUGUUUUUUUAAAAAAUGUUUUAAUAAUUAAAAAUACCGUUUUAGAAAUGUUUUUAGGGGAAACCUGUAAAUGCCACACCUCUAUUUAUUUUGCCUUAUUUUAGUUUGCUAUUUUUGUGUAUCCACUGCAUUACAGCCAUGACUAUUGAGACUGCACCAGGGCAUUAGGAGCAAGGCGAGUGGCGUACACAGCAGUUCAAAGGCAAGUCAGGCAAGGACUGGGCACAUUUGUUUACUCUCGUUGACACCGGGAGACGCCAUGCUCCCACCAAAGGGCCAGCCCUCCUCUCAAAGGGGCUUCAUUCCCCCUCACUAAUGUAAUAUACCAAUAGUGUCCAAUUGUUUUGGCAAGUGUGGCACAAAAGUCAGGCCCAAAGGGUGAGACGGUGCCAGUCCAACACACAUUUUAGGUGCAUCCUUUGUCUCAAAGCCGAGUUGGAGAGCAAUUACCAGCGUUGGAGAAGAGAGGCAGGCACACCCAACGCCUCCUCUGGUGUAUGAUGGCCGAAAGGCAGCGGCUCUCCUUUCUCCGAUACGAUGAAGCUCGGCAUUUUCUUCCCCUUCUACCAGGGUCAUCACCACGUUCUGCACAAGAAUGUUAUGCUGAAACUGGCCCUUUGGGUUCAUGCGCAUGGCCACAUUUUUACUCCACCUUUAUUAUUCUGGCUUUACUAACACCCCAUGUUCAAAAUAAAAAGUGUAUGCCGCUGUCAGUCUUCCAUCCUUGAGCACUCAAAUAUCAAUGGGAGACUCUUGCCAUUCUAAGGGGUAACUAACUCAGCUUAAGCAAUUUUGUAUAUGAGCCUAGGGAGUAUCCUUAUCCACAACUGCUAAGACAAACCCAAUUAUUUGGUGGGGAAGGUCUUGCUCCUCUAAUGCUUUGGUGUCUCCUCAUUUGUUGGUCAAUUUAAGACUAUAAAUGAAUUAAAUGUACAAAACCUGUAGCAUCCUUUUUAUCUGCACCUUUUUAUAAGAAUAUAAUGUAAUACUAAAAAAAUUAAAGAUAUAUGGCCCUUA